AUGGAGUCAUUCUUCAAAGACCGGGUUUAUGCCAUUUCGGGCGGUGCCAGUGGAAUAGGUUUGGCGACUUCGAAACUUUUACUGAAGUACGGCGCCAAAGUCUCUGUGGGGGACAUCAACAUUCCUGGCAAUCUCCUUGCAGACCUGACGAGAGAAAUCCCUUACGCGGGGCCUAACGACCACCAGGCAGCAGAAAUAGUCGCGAAGGAAACUAUCCUUCUGAGAAAGGUCGACGUACGGUCUCGGAGUGACGUCGAGUCGUGGAUCAACGAGACUGUCGAGAAGUUUGGGAAGCUGGACGGGGCGGCGAACCUCGCGGGAACGAUUCCCAAGGAUCACAACAUUGGCGGCAUCGAAGAUGUCGACGACGAGCAGUGGCAUUUUGUCUUUGAUGUCAACGUGCAUGGCAUGAUGAACUGUAUGCGGGCGCAAUUGAAAUUUAUCGGGAAAGACGCGUCAGACGGGCGAAGAGAAGGGGGAGCUGUCGUCAACGCCGGAAGUGGACUCAGUCUUCAGGGUAGGGAGUAUACGACCGCAUACACGGCGAGUAAACACGCUGUGUUGGGCAUGACGAGGUGUGUGGCCAAGGAGGUUGGUAAAAGGGGUGUACGGGUUAAUUGUGUUGCGCCGUGA